GUUGCCGUGGAUGUUUCAAUAGAAGUCUUGUUACAUAAAUUUGUUCUUCUUAAUUCGUUAAAAGUCUUCAUAGAAAAUAGGGUGUCCUAACUUUUAUCAUGUACCAGACAAAAAAACAAAAUGCAAAUGAGCAAACUGAUAAUCAUCUCUUAUUAGUGUACCACGUCUUAUGUUUCUCCAUCCACACAACACUCCCCUCUCCUCGCCACUUGUCAGUUGUCACACAAUCACUCUCUCUCUCUCUCCUCAGUCCUCCCUACUUUCCUCAAUACUUCAAUUCUCUCCCACUUUUCCCCCAUUAUACACUUCUCCAAUUCUCCAUAAUCCAUCUACCAAAAUCCCAAAACAUCAAAAUCUCACUCACUCAAUCAAAAUGUCAGGUGGAGUUGGUCCAACUUGUGACAUAAGUCUCCCAAAAGAAGAACACCCACUUGAAAAACAAGCUGAAAACAUAACAACUUCACUAAAUUUAACAUCAAAACACCCACAAAAACCUGGCAAUAAUCUUCUAUUCUUAAACUUACGCCAAUUAAACUGUCUUGCUAUUAUGAUUGUCUUAGCUGCAAGUGGCAUGGUUAGUCCUGGAGACUUUGCCAUAUUUGUUUUCUCUGUUAUUUACAUCUUCUUCCUUUCUAACUUUGCAUAUCCAACUUAUAACAACAUCUCUCCUACCCAACAAAAACCCGUUUUUGAUCAAAACAAUAAAAUACUUAACAUUUACAUAAUCUUUGCUGGAGUUAUUGGGUUGUUAUUUCCCAUUUUGUACAUCUUUCAUGGUAUCUUAGAAGGUGAUCAAGAUGGAAUUAAAGCAGCUGCUCCUCAUGUUUUUCUUCUUUCAAGUCAAGUUUUUAUGGAAGGUGUUUCGAUUUCGGACCGAUUUUCGUUGCCUAUUCGGGUUUUUAUACCCGUUUUUUUUAACUCAUGUAGGAUGUAUACUCUAGUAGAGUGGCUUAAGGAAGAAAUGGUGAAAGUUGUGGAAGGUAGAUAUAGUGGUUCUUAUAGUAGGUUGUGUGUUGGAAGAGCUCUUGCUGUUGCUAAUUUUGUGUUAUGGUCUUAUAAUUUGUUUGGGUUUUUGUUACCUGUUUAUCUUCCUAGAGCAUUUAAGAGAUACUACUCAGGAAAUGGGUCUACUACUUUAAAGGAGGAAUGAUAUAUACAUGUAGAGUGAUCAUAAAAAAACUGAUUUGAUAGUCCAUGCAGUUAGCUUUGUUGGUCAAGUAUUUUCGAGAUCGGAAAUUGAAUUUCGUCUACAUCACUACUUAGGAUGGGUUUUUGCGACUCGCAAUCGAAAAUUGAGCACUUCCAAAAAUAAGACUAAAAAUGUAUGGGUCAAAUUUAGCCGGUUUUGGGUCGAUGGUUGAUCCAUUAGGUUUAGUAUAUGAUUAUAUGUAAUGUGAAUUGUUAAGUAGCUUUGCUUUUCUUGGGAUGUUUUGAGUUCCAAAGCUUCUGCAAUGUAUUUUUGAGUUUUAUGUCCCGUUUAUCUCGACAAUCUCGUUACUUUUAGUAUAUUAUUAUUGUUUCUUUU